GUCUGCUCCUGUCACUGUCACUGCGAGGAGCGUAUUUCCCUGGUAGACUGCAGUCGUGAUAUUGUACAGUGAGUCAGAAAUUAACGGAGCAAUUUUUAAAGGAUAAUGGAAGUACCAGGGGAUAAUGCUGCGGAGCUGGGAGAAAUUGAAAACGUCAGAGUGGUCGUUCGUGUAAGACCGCUAAACGGAAAGGAGUUGGACGGUCACUGUAAGAAUAUAACAAAAGUCGACUCUCUGAACAGCGAAAUAUUGGUAGAGAAUCCUCACGCUGCUCCCGGAGAACCACCAAAACUGUUUUCCUUCGACGCAGUUUUCGAUACAGACUCGUCACAAGUUGAUAUAUACAACGAAACAGCCCGGCCGAUCGUCGACAAAGUUCUUCAAGGCUACAAUGGGACAAUACUUGCUUAUGGCCAAACGGGAACUGGCAAAACCUACACUAUGUCUGGCGCCAAGACUUCCCCACAGCUAAGAGGCAUCAUUCCGAAUACCUUUGCUCAUAUUUUUGGCCAUAUCGCUAAGGCUGACGAAAAUCAGAAACUACGUUUUCGCAGGUUCUUAGUUCGUGCCACUUACUUAGAGAUUUACAACGAAGAAGUUAGAGAUUUGUUAGGGAAGGAUCAAAAUACUCGUUUAGAAGUCAAGGAGAGACCGGACAUUGGUGUUUUCGUUAAAGACCUGAGCGGAUAUGUGGUCAAUAACGCUGAUGACUUGGACCGCAUCAUGACCCUAGGAAAUAAGAAUCGGGUUGUCGGCGCAACCGCGAUGAAUGUUUCCAGUUCUAGGUCCCAUGCAAUAUUCACAAUAACUGUCGAGUCCAGUCAACUCGGCGAUGAUGGAGAACAACAUGUUAAAAUGGGAAAACUUCACCUUGUAGAUCUAGCUGGCUCAGAGAGACAAAGUAAAACCAAAGCCACAGGAGUCCGUCUGAGAGAGGCUACAAAGAUUAAUUUGUCUCUGUCGACCCUGGGCAAUGUUAUAUCUGCACUUGUUGACGGACAAAGUUCACACGUCCCGUACAGAAACUCAAAACUAACAAGAUUGCUGCAGGAUUCGCUGGGUGGAAAUUCUAAAACUUUAAUGUGCGCAAACAUUAGCCCUGCUGACAUGAACUACGAUGAAACUAUAAGUACUCUAAGGUACGCAAAUCGAGCUAAAAAUAUUAAGAACCGAGCUAGGAUUAACGAGGACCCAAAGGAUGCCCUGCUUCGUCAGUUCCAAGUUGAAAUUGAAGAACUACGUAAACAACUCGAAGAAAAUGGUACAGGAAUUUCAGAGUCAGACCCCGAGACGGAAGAUUCUGAUGAUAAUUUUGACUCAAAGUGUGAUAGGAAGACAAGACAUAGACAAAGCCAAAUACUUUCAAUGGAUCAACUUGAAGAUGGUGAGGUAGAAUUGAGAGAAAAAAUGGACAAGGCAGAGAGGCACGAUAAAAGCCCGGAUGACAAAGACGUCAUUGAGUUAAAGAGAACGCAAAGCGAGAAGGAAGCGUUAAGGGAAAAAAUGCAAAACUUGCAAAACAAAAUUCUAGUUGGCGGUGAGAAUUUAUUAGAGAAAGCCGAGGCUCAGGAACAGCUACUCGCGGCAUCUGCAAUUGAGUUAGACCAAAGAAAGAGCCGAGAAGAACAGCUGAAGAAAGCUAUUGAAGAAAAAGAGGCUGAACGCAUAGACAUUGAAGAGAAAUACUCGUCCCUGCAAGAAGAGGCUGCAGGAAAAACAAAAAAAUUGGGCAGAGUCUACACCAUGCUGAUGUCUGCCAAAGCCGAAUUAUCGGACUUGCAACAAGAGCAUCAGCGAGAAAUGGAAGAUCUCCUGGAAGGUGUACGAGAAAUUGGACGAGAGUUACAACUUCACGAACUCGUUCUCAACAACUAUAUUCCUGUUCAGUACCAGACGAUGAUCGAAAGGUACGUUCAUUGGAACGAGGACAUUGGGGAGUGGCAGUUGAAAUGUGUAGCGUACACAGGAAACAAUAUGAGAAAAGCACAAGCCACACCUUCGACCGGAGGCACCAAAGACCAGCCACAGCCGGAUCUGUCUAACAUCUACCUUUCGUACAACACAAGCACAGAAAGCAGUCUCGCGCAACCAAAAAAAUUGAGAGGUCGGUCAGGUGUUCCCAGACCGACUACUGCUCAUCGACGACCCCCUCGUUAAGCAUUACUUUCAAACAAAAACAUAAGCUAGAUAUUUAUUUUUCAUAGUGUAUUUUUUUUUUUUUUGUUACCACUUUAUUUAACGAAUUAGUAUCAUUUUAACGGAGAGGAUACGGGAGGACUCGACUAAGAGGUAGUUUUAGCACGAAUAUUAGUAUAUUAUAGAACUCGUUAUUGUUUAUGUAAAAACUGGUUUACUUUUUAUGAUACGUAUUAUAGGUAAGGAUUAUAACUUAUUGUUCCUGAAUUAUUUUAUAUUCAUAUACAACUGUCUGUUCGACGAGUCAGUAAAUCUACGUAAAUCUGCAUUGAUGGCUAAUGAUAAGAAGUAUGAGAAGAAAUCUCCGAUUAAUUGUAGACAAAAAUUUUAUCAUCGAGGGAACAUUUACCAUCUGAUGCUUUACAACUUAAUUUUUUAAAUGAUACCUUUUUUUAACGAUAAGAUUGACGAUCUGAUUAGUAAUUAAUAUGAGUACAUACAUACACUGCAGCUUUUUAAUAGUAAUAAAUCCGAUGGAUCACCAGCAAUAUGUUUUUACAUUAUUGCGACAAAGCUAUGUCGAUGACUUUUAAUCUCUUUUCUCAAAUUUCAUUCAUGUAAACUCAAGAGCACCGGGUGAUUCAUCCACGCAUGUAAAACCAUUUAUAUCCACAAUUUGAAUAAACGAAUCGUAAAUAUUAUAAAAGA